AUGCUGGCCCUGCCUUCACGACCCAACGAGGGCGAAGACCUCACCAUGGCCGUCCUAGGAUGCGGCAACAUGGGCAUCGCCAUCCUCUCCGGGAUUCUCUCCUCAAUCAGCGCCCUCAGCGGCCCCAAGCCUCUCCAGACGGACCCGUCUCAACCGGCAGAGGAAAUCCCGUCCCGUCUGCCCACCAAGUUCAUUGCCUGCGUACGGCGGCCCGAAUCUGCCAAGAAGGUGAAGAAGGCCCUCUGGCAGCACACCUCGUUCGUCAAGGUCGUACAGAAUGAGAAUGUGGCUGCUGUUUCUCGCUCGGACGUGGUACUGCUGAGCUGCAAGCCCUCGCACAUCCAGAGCAUCCUGGCGCAGCCGGGCAUGGCCGAGGCCAUGGAGGGCAAGCUCCUGAUCUCGAUCGCGGCGGGCGUGACGGUGGAGCACAUCCGGGCGACGCUGCAUGAGGCGGCCGUGGCCGCAGCCAAGGGCGAUGUCAACGGCGCCGGCGGCGACUGCGACUGCCGCAUCGUGCGCGCCCUGCCCAACACGGCCAGUCUGAUCCGCGAGGGCAUGACCGUCAUCGCCGACUCGGAGCCCGCCCUGCCGCCCCAGACCAACGCCCUGGUGACGUGGAUCUUCCGCCGCAUCGGCGACGUCGUUGUGAGUCUCGCCCUUGGGUCGCUCCUUAUUGCGGCUUGGAAAUCGUACCGGACCCCCCUGGCUUACAGAAUGACGCAGUACCUCCCCACCCACCAGAUGGAUGCUAGCACCGCGCUCAUCGGCAGCGGUCCGGCCUUCUUCUCCCUGGUUCUCGAAGCCGCCAUCGACGGCGCCGUAGCCAUGGGACUUCCCCGCGCACAUGCAACACGCAUGGCCGCCCAGAGCAUGCACGGCACCGCCAGUCUAGUCCUCGACGGCGAGCACCCGGCCCUGCUGCGCGACAAGGUCAGCACCCCCGGCGGCUGCACCAUCGGCGGGCUGCUGGUGUUGGAGGAGGGUGGCGUGCGCGGCACCGUCAGCCGUGCCGUCCGCGAGGCCGCCUGUGUCGCUGCCGAGCUGGGCCGCGGCAAGGGCGCCGGCGUCAACGGGACGCGGUUUGUCGGGCGCCCGUAG